AUGCAGCUUAUGAAUAAGUUUUUUCUCAAUGUGGAAAAGAAGCUGCAACUUCAAAUAGAAACUUUGGAAAGUACCAUUCCUGCAUUGCCCUACUUUAAGAACAAUCUGAACUUGUAUAAUGAUAUACUUAAAUGUUUAAUGGUGUAUGAUAAUUGUUUAGAGCUUCAGAAGAGAUCUAAACUGAAAUGUGACAUCAAUGAUUUUCAGAAUGGCAAUAUUUUUUCAUGGCCAAAAAAAGACGUAAAUCAGAACCAUAUUGUUAAGGGUUCUAUGUAUGAGUUGGAUGCUAUUUCUUCACCUCUACCUAAUGUAACUCCUUUGAAUGAAGUAACUGAGCCUCUUCCUGAGACAUCUAGACCUUCAGCAUCCUUAUCCAAUCAUCAUUCAGGCUGUCUCUUUCUUUUUCCCCAGGUAUGUGGUGUAGCAAUGAUGUGUGUGGGAGCAGCAAUACAGCUGAACCUGCUGGACAUUGCAAUGGUCAUAACAGAUGCUACAUCUGGAGCACCAGCUGUUCUUACUAUCAUGGGUGUCCUCAACUUUUUCAUGUCUAUCUUUGGAGCAGUUUCAGUUCUUAAGGAAAAUUACACAAUGAUAAAAGUGUUUGCAGGUAUGAUGUUGGCUAUCUUUUUCAUGGAGAUCAUGGUUGGAAUGGCAGCCUACAUCCACAGAGACAAAGUACGACACAGUAUCUUAAAAGGCUUCUUGAAAACCCUCAGUACCUAUAAGACUGAAACAAAAGUAAGAUCAUCUGUGGAUAUACUACAGAUUAAGUUUAAGUGCUGUGGGGCAACAAAUUACACAGACUGGUUUAGUAACACUACUGGGCUGAACCACAUGACAGUCCCCCUCAGCUGCUGCAAAAAAAUGGAGGAAAAUUGCAGAAAGAAUAUCAACAAAACAAGUGCUGCCAAUAUUUACCAACAGGGCUGUGUUAAUAUGGUGAACAUCUGGAUUCAGCAGCACAUAGGUGUAAUUGGUGGGCUUGGAAUUGGCUUUGGUUUUGUACAGGUUGUUGCCAUGACACUUUCUUAUCUGCUAUUGAAAGCACUUCAACAGAAUUAUCGUUUCGUGUGAGCUCGGUGGAAAUUGCCAUUGACAGAUGAUCCUAAGAACAUCCUGCAGUGAAAUUACUCUCCUGAAAUCAAAAACUGCCCAAACAAAAUAUAUUGAUCGUGUGUUAAUCCAAAUCAGUGCAGCAUACAAUCACAAGUUGAACUCAUUUAAUGGCUGAGUGAUUUGCUCAAAGCUGUAAAUAUGAAAACUAAGAAAUUUACUUGCAAAACAAACAUAUUGUGUAAUGAUCUCUCACCUGCUGGUAAUAAUCAUGUGUAUUCUGGCUAUGCAAUCACAUUAUUUUGCAAAACAAACAUAUUGUGUAAUGAUCUCUCACCUGCUGGUGAUAAUCAUGUGUAUUCUGGCUAUGCAAUCACAUUAUUUUACAUUCUAUAAAGAACAAGACGCAAAGCAAGAAGUGUACAGCAUUAUUUUAGAUAUAGACUGGCUAUCUCUAAAUCAUUUCUGCUUUGAAACUGCAACUCCAUUUGCAUUAAGCCUCAUUAUUAGAUAAAUAGAAGCACAUUGUCUUACUGAAGGUAUUCAAAGAGGUGGUUGUAUGAUUUCUUAAAUGCACAAUUUCUCCUAUGAAUUGCCAAUGUUUAAAUCAACAAGGUCUCAACUCGCUGAGUUAAACUGACUGGGAUUUAAUUCAGUAAGUGUUUGCAGGAGGGCAAGACCCCACUCCUCCAGAUUUAUAUUUAUUUAACUUUGUUGAACGACACUGUUGUGGACAUGCAUGACAUCAACUAAAUGGUGCUGACUAAACAAAUGUCAGCCAAAGUACUUUUCUGCAAAAGUAGCAGAACUCAAAUAUAUAUAUAUAUAUAUAUAUAUAUAUAUAUAUAUAUAUAUAUAUAUAUAUAUAUAUAUAUAUAUAUAUAUAUAUAUAUAUAUAUAUAGCCGUGGUUGCAUAAACAUGAUGAAGGGAUACAUCUCACAAAACCAAGGAAUCAGUGCUGAUGCACAAUUGGAAACUGCACCACUUGUGAUUCCUGUUAAAAAUAGUGAAUGGUAAGUUCAGCAUCUGAGUUAGACUUGUCAAGUGCAGUCCUUGUGGCAGUGGGAUUUGGGGAGGUGCAAAGAAGCAAAAUGUGCUUCUUUGCUAAAAACAAAAGCCUUUAUCUGUGUGAUACCUUGAAGAUAUUGUUCAUGAAAUGUUUGAGCUUACUCUCACAAAUAUAAUGUUAUGUAAUCAUAAUUAGUGUAAACUCUAAAUGAAUCAGUCUGUUACUUUUUGUAAGUCACUUUCUUCCUUUGUGUUGAGUAUAGAAAUUAAUCCAUAGAUUGCUUUGAAACAUUGCAUGCUCUCCUGUGGUUUUUGUUAAUAAAAGCAAAGACACUUUCAUCAA